AUGCGGAACCCUCUUAUCAGACUAGAAUGCGGUGUUAACAGCUACGACUGGGGGAAAGUCGGUAAAGAUUCCGCCGCCGCCAAAUUCCACGCUGCGACGGCUUCUGAUUUCUCGAUUGAAGAAGAGAAGCCAUAUGCCGAGCUAUGGAUGGGCACACACCCGUCGCUUCCCUCCAAAGACCUCGAGACCCAGCGGACACUUCUAGACCUCGUUCAAGAAAAUCAAGCCUUGCUGUCUACAGAGAUCGCCGAGAAGUAUGAGAACAAGCUUCCCUUCUUGUUCAAGGUGCUGUCCAUCAACAAGGCCCUGAGCAUCCAGGCACACCCAAACAAGAAGCUUGCUGAGCAGCUACAUGCCAGUGAUCCCAAGAACUACCCAGAUGACAACCACAAGCCCGAAAUGACCAUCGCGGUCACUCCCUUCGAUGGCCUCUGCGGCUUCCGACCCCUCGCUGAAAUCGCGCACUUCCUGAAGACCGUUCCCUCAUUGCGUAAACUUGUUGGCGAAGAAGAAGCUAAGAAGUUCGAGGAUACCAUCAGCGGCAAGGAAACUUCCGACAAGGAGGAGGACAUGCGGGAGAACAAGAAAGCCCUACAAUCCGCUUUCACAAAGCUCAUGAACGUGGAAAAGGACGCACUAUCAUCAGCCAGUGAAGAGCUUGUUGAGGCAGCCAAGUCCGAAGGCGACAAGUUCGCGGACGGCGGCCCACCCUCCAACGAUGGCAAAGAGCUCGCAGACCUCGUCGUCCGCCUCAACACUCAAUUCCCUGGUGACAUCGGUCUUUUUGUUCAGUUCUUCCUCAACUACGUCAAGCUAGAGGUCGGCGAAGCCAUGUUCCUGAAGGCUGACGAUAUCCAUGCUUACCUCUCUGGCGACAUCAUCGAGUGCAUGGCGAGCUCCGACAACGUGGUCCGCGCGGGCUUCACACCAAAGUUUAAGGACGUUGAUAAUUUGACAAAGAUGCUGACUUACAGCUAUGCGCCAAUUAGUGAGCAAAAGAUGGAGCCCAGGGAUUAUUCCCAGGUUAGGCUGAAUGCGCCGGCGUAUAGCUCCAACAGCAGCAACAAGCUGUACAACCCGCCGAUCCCUGAGUUCGCUGUAGUACGGACGGCACUCAAUCGCACUGGUGGCAAGGCGACGUUUGACCCGAUUGAUGGACCAAGCAUCAUCCUCUGCACCAAGGGCAAGGGAACAAUCAGCGUGGGACCCAAGGAGGAAGAACUCAAGGAGGGCUUUGUCUAUUUUGUUGGUGCCACAGCUGAAGUUGUCAUCAAGAGCGAGGUUGAUGCUGGAGACGAGGAGGGUGCGGAGGGCUUGGUAACAUUCAAGGCAUUCUGCGAGCUUGAGGACAACAAAGGCAAGCUAUGA